AUGUCUACCGCACCGAUCAAGGCCGCUGCGCCUGAGCUCGAGAAGAAGCCCGUCAAGUUCAGCAACCUGCUGUUGGGUGCUGGAUUGAACUUGUUCGAAGUCACCUCACUGGGACAGCCGUUGGAAGUGAUCAAGACAACCAUGGCCGCCAACCGGGGCGAUAGCUUCGCCGGUGCUAUGGGUCGGAUUUGGGGCCGUGGUGGCAUCCUCGGUUACUACCAAGGACUCAUUCCGUGGGCCUGGAUUGAGGCAUCCACCAAGGGUGCAGUCCUCCUGUUCGUCGCCUCCGAGGCCGAGUACCAGGCCCGCCGCCUGGGCGCCGGUGACUUCGUCGGUGGAAUCAGCGGUGGUAUGGCCGGUGGUAUUGCGCAAGCGUAUGCUACCAUGGGCUUCUGCACCUGCAUGAAGACCGUCGAGAUCACCAAGCACAAGAUGGCCGCCUCGGGCGUCAAGCCUACUGGCACCUUCACUACCUUCAUGGACAUCUACCGCAAGGAGGGUAUCCGGGGUAUCAACCGCGGUGUCAACGCCGUCGCUAUUCGCCAGACUACCAACUGGGGAUCCCGCUUCGGUCUGUCGCGUCUGGCUGAGUCUGCUAUCCGCAAGGCUACUGGCAAGGAGGACGGCACUAAGCUGUCCGCCUGGGAGAAGAUCCUUGCUUCCUCCUUGGGUGGUGGUCUCUCCGCCUGGAACCAGCCUAUUGAGGUUAUUCGCGUCGAGAUGCAGAGCAAGACCGAGGACCCUAACCGUCCUAAGAACUUGACUGUUGGCAAGACUGCCAAGUACAUCUACGAGAACAAUGGUCUUCGCGGUCUCUACCGUGGUGUUGCCCCCCGCAUUGGUCUGGGUAUCUGGCAGACCGUCUGCAUGGUUGCUCUUGGUGAUAUGGCCAAGGAGGCUGUCGAGAAGCUGACUGGCGACACUGUCACCGCUAAGCACUAG